GAAGCCUCCAGUGCUCAACCGACACCACCACCAGAAGUAGCAGAGCCCCCAAAACCUCAGCUAAAUCCUCCUCUAAAUAUCGCCACGCCAAAUUUGGCGGCUCUCUCUAGGGUUUAUUUCUCUCUCUAAAUCCAACCCCCUUUCAUCAACAAUGGCGGCCAAAACCCUAGCUAAAAUGUUCGUUUUGUCCUCUCUCCACUUUUGUUAUGGUCAUGUGUAAGCGCAGCUCGACUGUAACUUUUCCUGGGUUCUUGGAACCGGAGCCGGAAAACCCUAACCCUAAACCAUGAACAGUUCGGGGUGCCGACCGCCUUUUACUCCGUCACAAUGGCAGGAGCUGGAGCACCAGGCUCUGAUCUUUAAGCAUUUGAUGGCGGGGAUUCCUGUUCCCCCUGAUCUUUUGGUUCCUAUAAGGAGGAGCCUCGAGGCCAUGUCGGCGAGGUUUUUUCAGCAGCAGACUAUGGGUUGGGGUUCCUUUUAUGGGAACAAGUCGGAUCCAGAGCCUGGAAGGUGCAGGAGAACCGACGGGAAAAAGUGGAGGUGCUCAAGGGAUGCAUAUCCCGACUCCAAGUAUUGUGAGCGGCACAUGCAUAGGGGCCGCAACCGUUCAAGAAAGCCUGUGGAACCGCAAACCGUUUCUCACUCUUCGCAAACCAGUGGUGCUCUCAACCAAACUGGAAAUAGUAGCUUCCCUAACCUGCCCUUACACCCAAUCACCAAUCCGAAUUCAGGCUCUUCAGGGCUUUGCCCUGGAAGCAAUACCUCACAGUUACAAGUGGAACACAACACCUAUGGGAUAGGAAGCAAGGAUUACAGGUAUCUCCAGGGAAUGAAAGAAGUUGAUGAGCAUAGUUUCUUCUCAGAAGCUUCUGGAAGUGCAAGGGCUCUCGGAAUGGAAGCUUCUUUGGACAACAAUUGGCGUCUCACGCCAUCAAGAGUCUCUUCCUUUCCAAUAUCGAAAGCUAGAAAUGGCUCCAUUUUGCAAAACAAUUACCCCCAGCUUCAAAACCUAGAAGAUCUAGGGAACACUACCUUUCCCUCUGCGCUGUCAAAGCAGCAACAACAUUGCUUUUUGGGAAGUGAAUUUCGUUCAACAGAGACGAUGAAAGUUGGGCAGGAGCAGGAAGGCCAACCACUACGCCACUUCUUUGAUGACUGGCCGAAAACUAGAGAUUCUUGGGCUGAUUUAGAAGAUGAGAGAGGGAAUAGGACCUCCUUUUCAACUACUCAACUCUCUAUUUCCAUUCCAAUGGCCUCAAGUGAUUUCUCUGCUACAAGUUCGCAAUCGCCAAAUAAUGAUUGAUCUUAAAUAUGCUCAGUGUCGCUGAAUUUCGUGCUGAUGCCCAGUUGUAGAAGACAUGGUUUUUUCCUUGUGGUUAUGGAAAGAAGUGUUAUUGUACCAUUGAAGUUUUAAAUUUUCUUAUGCUCUGUUUCUAUCAUGACUCUCCUUUGUGAUUUGGGUAAACUUGUCAUGAAAUGGCCGAAUAAUCUGGUUUUCUGGUUUCAUUUUGUAAUGUGAUAUCAGAAUUGUGCCAUUGUGCUAGAUUAAUUUGUCUCCCUCCCUACUGAAUCACUUGUAGAGGCUCUUACUCCAAUGCAAGUUUCUUGUCCACA